AUGGCCGACAUGAAGACCGGCAUCUUCGCCAAAAACGUCCAGAAACGCCUCAACCGCGCCCAGGAGAAGGUGCUUCAAAAACUAGGAAAAGCAGAUGAAACAAAAGAUGAACAGUUUGAAGAAUACGUUCAAAAUUUCAAACGGCAAGAGGCAGAGGGUUCCAGGCUCCAGAGAGAACUGAAAGGCUAUUUAGCAGCCAUCAAAGGGAUGCAAGAUGCCUCAAAGAAGCUUACAGAGUCUCUUCAUGAAGUGUAUGAGCCAGAUUGGUACGGACGAGAAGAUGUGAAAAUGAUUGGAGAGAAAUGUGAUGAGCUUUGGGAAGACUUCCAUCAAAAACUGGUGGAUGGGUCAUUGUUGACCUUGGAUACAUACCUAGGACAAUUUCCUGAUAUCAAAACUCGCAUUGCAAAACGAAGCAGAAAGCUGGUGGACUACGACAGCGCAAGGCAUCAUCUAGAAGCCCUGCAGAGCUCAAAAAGAAAAGAUGAAGGCAGAAUUACCAAGGCAGAAGAAGAGUUUCAAAAAGCACAGAAAGUGUUUGAAGAGUUUAACACUGACUUACAAGAAGAGUUGCCAUCUCUGUGGUCACGACGAGUUGGCUUCUAUGUGAACACCUUCAAAAAUGUAUCCAGCCUCGAAGCCAAGUUUCACAAGGAAAUAGCUUUACUAUGUCACAAACUAUAUGAAGUGAUGACGAAGCUGGGAGAUCAGCACGCAGACAAGGCCUUCACCAUUCAAGGGGCACCAAGUGAUUCAGGUCCGCUCCGCAUUGCAAAAACACCGUCACCGCCAGAGGAGGUCUCUCCCCUGCCUAGCCCUACUGCUAGUCCCAAUCAUAUGCUGGCACCAGCAUCUCCGGCACCAGCCCGACCUAAGUCACCCACACAGCUGAGGAAAGGUCCGCCAGUCCCACCGCUGCCUAAGCUCACACCCACGAAGGAGUUGCAACAGGAGAACAUCAUUAACUUCUUUGAUGACAACUUUGUCCCAGAAAUCAAUGUGACGACCCCAUCACAGAAUGAAGUUCCUGAAGCUAAGAAAGAGGAAUCUUUGCUAGAUCUGGACUUCGACCCUUUCAAGCCAGAAGUUGUAUCAACAGGAGUUACUCAUUCACCCAUGUCUCAGACAUUGCCAUGGGAUCUAUGGACGACAAGCAGCGAAUUGGUGCAGCCGGCAUCCAGCACAGCAUUUAAUGGAUUUGCGCAGGAUACCUCCGCAUUUACAGUGCAAGCAAAUGAGAACGUGACAGAGCCUUUGCCUGAGGCCGAAGAAGCUCCACCUGGGGAACCCAAGGUCGAGGAAACCCCUGCUGCUGCCGUUGCGGAAAAGGAGGCCGUCCCUGCCGAGCCAGCAGAGCAGGCUGCGGACAGUGUCGAGGCAGGGGAUAAGGAGACAACUGGAGUUGCUGAGAAAGAAAGCGAGGGGGUACCUGUCACCGAGGGGGCUGCGGCAGCGGAAGACGGUGCGGCUGUGGCGGCAGGAGCUGGUGACGGUGCUGCUACCACUGAGCAGGAGGGUGUUGCUGAAGGUGACAAAGCUCAGGGAGAAGAAGAGGAGUCUGAUGUGUCUCAGGAAAAGGUCAGCAGCAUCCCUUCAGUAGUAAUAGAGCCAGCAUCAAACAACGAGGGGGAGGGAGAAGAACACGAAGUCGUCGUGAACGAGUCCAAAGAUGCCGCAGCAGAAGUGAGCACUCAGGGCACUGACACUUCUCCCAGUGAAACUUCCCAAGUUGGAAGUGAGCAGAAACCCACUGAAGAAAUGCAGGCUGCACCUUCUCAAGAUCAGCCUGUUCCAGCAGAAGACGCAGCUUCUGCCAUGCCGCCUGGCUUUCUCUUUAAGGUUGAAGUUCUACACGAUUUCGAGGCAGCUAACAGUGAUGAGCUUAAUUUAAAACGAGGAGAUAUUGUACUAGUAAUUCCUUCUGAGACCACAGCUGAUCAGGAGGCUGGCUGGUUGACAGGCAUUAAGGAAUCCGAGUGGCUUCAGUACAGAGAUGCAAAUAGUUACAAAGGACUUUUCCCAGAGAACUUCACACGCCAUCUGGAGUAGUUCUCUGCUCAGGCGGACGAACGUGGUACGAAGCUCAGUCAGUAGGUUUUUAACCUCUUUGAAACACAGGAGCCCACCUUUUUGUAGUUUAAGCUGUUAAUGGUUUACAGACUGGUGCCAGACAAAGCUUGUUGAAACAUAUCAAAAUGAGCAUGAAUGCAAACAGUUAAGCUAGCAAUUUCUGAAGCAGUACAUGAAAAAAAAAAUCAAAUAAAAAAGAAAUGUCUUCUUUGUUCACACGUACGUGGCAACAGGUUUGUUUGUGCUUUGUCAGAGCUAUGGUGAUCCUGUAUUUGGUCCUUUCCCAUGAAAUCUGAAAUUAGCCUCCUCAAUACCAAAACCUUAACUUCUCUGCACUAAGUGUAUUGUAUUGAGUUGCACUGCAGAAGAUUUAAUUAGUUAUCCUGU